GUUUUAAAUAAGAGGCUUGACGCGCAAGCAAUCUCGUGCGAUGACUACACCCUUGGUAUCGACGCCCGUGCAAGCCCCGAAACCCCAGAGCACGAGCACUCCGCCGCCGCCGACGACCACCCACGAGGCGCUGGCAACCACGGCCGUGCCACUGCUGCCGGCCAAGGAAGUGCCCACGGAAGUUCCUGCAGCUGCCACGGCCGACGCGUUGCCGAGCGAUACAGUGACCACGGACGACGCCGAGGCCCCAAAGAAGGACAAGCUGCGCUGGGGCAAGUGGACGCGCGAAGAAGAGGCGUACACGACGCGGCUCAUUGGCGACUUUACUGCGGGCCUCCUCACGGACGUGACAAACGGCACGACCAUGCGCAGCUGGCUCAGCGCCAAGCUGCGCUGCUGCCCCAUGCGCAUCAGCAAGAAGUUUGUCGGCGAGCAAAGCAUUGGCAAGCGCAUGUUUGAGCGCAACGAGUCGCGCAUCAACGACAUGAAUGACGACGAGAAGCGCCGGCGUGCUGCCGAGAUCGAGAAGCUCCACGACGACUUUUGCGAGAGCUGGAUCCGCGAGGAGAAGGAGCGCCUCGAGAACAAGGCCAACGGCACGCGCAAGCGCAAGCGCAACAAGAAGAAGGACGCGAACGGGCUGCCGAUCCCGCCCAUCAAGAAGCAGCAAACCGCAUCAAGCAAUGCGACGCUCUUUCACGGCUUCAAGCCGCCGCUCAUGGGCACCCUCAAGUCGUCCAUGCCGUCGCCAAACAACCACUUUAUGGGCGCGUCGAGCCUCUCGUCCAUGCUGCACCGCCCAUCGCCGAUGCUAAAGGCGCCGACGACGCGGCCCCCUUUCAACGUCAUCACCAAGCCAUCGCAGUGCACCACGAUGCCCAAGAAGAUCGUGUCACCAUCAAAGAUCAAGACCGAAGCCAAACCGGCGCUCACAAUCAAGACCAGCGUCAAGCCGUACGUGGCGAUGACGCCGCGGGGGCCCGUGAAGCGCAUCAACAGCGUGCCCUCGAUGACCAAGCCGGCGCAAGCCCCAUCGUUGACGCCAACGAAGAAGGCGACAGCACAUGCGUCGACGCAGAUCCAGGAGCUGCAACUGCAGUUGGCGUCGCGUGCCAAGAGCCUGAGCUUCGACAUGGCGGAUCCGCUCAAGGACGAGGACGGCGCGUUCGACCGCGACUUUCGCGAGCUCGACUUUAUGAGCGACUGCUGGAUCCCCGAGGCGCUCGGCGACGUCUCGUCGUUUGACCCGUUUGGCUUCCACGACGCCAACGCGCUGCACGCACCGCUCAAGGAAGAGGAGCUGGACGCGGCGCUCUCGCCGACCUCCGUCAUGGACCUGUACCACGCUGACUCGAUGUGGCCGCUCUCGUCCGCGGACGUGCCUGUCGCCGACGUCUUCCUCGCACCGCUCUACGACUGCCUCUUCUAAGCGCGUGCC